AACUGCCCACUACCGGUACUUUACCAAAUCUAUAGGAAGCAAAAGAGCAAGCAGGUGGAAAGCGGAAAAAAAAUGCAGAAGAGGGAUCAGAGCAAGCAGAGCGGAGCAUCGGGCGGCGGCUACGCCGCGCCGCCGGCGAAGAGAGGCCGCCCGUUCGGCAGCAGCAACAGCAACAACGCAAACGCCGCUGCCAUAGCCGCCGUCGCCGCCGACACGCCCGCUCCUUCAACCCUCCUCGGCCCCUCUCUUCAACUCAGCUCCUCCUUCGCCGAUCAAAAUAACAAAAGGAUCGUCCUGGCUCUUCAAAGUGGAUUAAAAAGUGAGCUGACAUGGGCAUUGAAUACUCUCACUUUGCUUUCAUUCAAGGAAAAGGAUGAAGUGCGUAGAGAUGCUACCACUCUUGCAAAAGUACCUGGGCUGCUUGAUGCUAUUCUCCAAGUUAUCGAUGAUUGGCGUGACAUAGCCCUACCAAGGGAGUUUGUAAGAACAACGCGCGUGAGAUUGUUGGGUGCAAACUCUGUUGUGACGGGUUUUGGGAAUGAAUACAAGGGUUUAAGCUCAAAUGAUGUUCCCAAUCCUAGUGUUGGAUUUGGUCCUACUACAGAGGCAUCUCCACAGACCAGGACAACCAAAACUCAUCCUACAGAGUGGUGGUUGAAUGAAGAUGGUGUGUUUAAUCUGGAUGAAGAAGGACGCAUGGAGAAGCAACAAUGUGCUGUUGCGGCUUCUAAUAUUAUCCGCAACUUUUCAUUCAUGGUAGAAUACGAAACAGUAAUGGCCCAGCAUCGUCAUUGCUUGGAAACAGUCUUUCAGUGCAUUGAAGGCCACAUUACAGAGGAUGAGGAACUUGUCACAAAUGCCCUUGAGACAGUUGCAAAUUUGGUACCACUUGUUGAUCUUCGAAUCUUUAGUUCAUCAAAGCCUUCAUUCAUCAAAAUGACGGGUAAACGUGCAGUCCAAGCCAUCAUGGGGAUGUUGGGAUCUUCUGUCAGAACCUGGCACUGUGCAGCUGCAGACCUACUUGGGCGGUUAAUAUUAAAUCCCGAUAAUGAACCUUUCAUUCUUCCUUUUGGCCCGCAGAUUUAUAAACGUUUAGUUGAUCUGUUGAGCUUACCAGCUGUUGAUGCACAAGCAGCCGCUGUUGUUGCACUUCAUCAUCUUGCAGAAGUUAACAUGGACUGUCGUUUGAAGCUUGCUAGUGAACGAUGGGCAGUUGAUCGUUUGCUGAAAGUGAUAAAGACCCCACAUCCAGUCCCAGAAAUUUGCCGGAAAGCAGCAAUGAUACUGGAGAGCCUCGUCUCAGAACCACAGAACAAGAAUCUACUUCUGGCUUAUGAGAAUGCCUUCGCGGAGAUACUUCUCUCAGAUGGGAAGUAUUCGGAAGCAUUUGCCAGGAUUUUGUAUGAACUAACCUCUCGACCGAGCAACAAGGUAGCAGCAGCUCGUGGUAUAUGGGGUGGUAUGUAACUCAAAACCUUCCUCGGUCUGCAGUUUUUGGUGAUUUCGCUCUUCACACAGCAUUUGGAAAUCUUGUAAGGUAUUCAGUGGACAUUUUUAAUGUGAAUAUUAUCAAGCAUCUAAUCCUUGUAGUUCUUUGUACAAUGUUCACAAAUUGGUCCAUUUUAGCUGCAUCCAAGUUCAAUAUCUGCGAAUUA